GUCACACGUGUGACGCAGAGGGUGAAAGGUCAGAGCGUCGUCGUGCACGCGCAUCGAGAACAUGACAACAUUACGAGCUUUUACGUGCGAUGAUCUGUUUAAAUUUAAUAACAUUAAUCUGGAUCCUUUGACUGAGACUUAUGGGAUUCCCUUUUAUCUGCAGUAUCUGGCUCAUUGGCCCGAGUAUUUCAUAGUAGCAGAAGCUCCGGGCGGUGAGCUGAUGGGUUACAUAAUGGGGAAAGCAGAAGGAUCCGUCGCCAGAGAAGAAUGGCACGGUCAUGUGACCGCUCUGUCUGUGGCACCCGAGUUCAGACGACUGGGUCUGGCUGCUAAACUCAUGGAGAUGCUGGAAGAGAUUUCCGAGAGGAAGGGUGGAUUCUUUGUCGAUCUUUUUGUACGAGUCUCCAAUCAAGUGGCUGUAAAUAUGUACAAACAGUUGGGUUACAGCGUCUACAGAACUGUGAUCGAGUAUUACUCUGCCAGUAACGGAGAGCCAGAUGAAGAUGCUUAUGACAUGAGGAAAGCUUUAUCCAGAGACACAGAGAAGAAAUCUAUAAUCCCUCUUCCUCAUCCUGUCCGACCGGAGGACAUUGAAUAACACUAGCAUGUGACUCUCUGAAGUUAUCAGCAUCCACCUGAACAAAGAAACUUGCUUUUAUCACAACAUCUCAAGACUUUAGCUGAGACGGAGAGUCACUGCUCUGAAUGAUUUUAUUGUUGCUUUCUGUUUGGGUAAUAGAGAUGAAACUGAGGGACAUCGGAAUUGUAGUUACAUUAAAUAAAAAGCUCAAAAUCCAAACCUGGCUGAUGUGGCUUUUUCAGAGAAAUAUUGUAUAUGUAAUGCAAAAUUUCCAUUUUCAAGGCUGGAAACUUUCCAUGGGAAUUAAUGGGAAUAAGAAACAUUUCAGAGUUGCCUAUAACAGGGAACUUAAAUGUAGUUCGAAAAAAUCUACAGCAAUUGCAGCAUAAUUAAAAACAAGAUUUAACGCGAUUUCGGUUGAAUUUCUACCCUUCUCCCCAUGCACACAGCUUACUGAAGGAUCAUUAAGGCCACACCCCCUGCAUGUACUUGCAUUCUUUCAUAACAUGCACAAAUCAUUUCUGGAUAUAAGAUAGCACUAUUUUAUUAAACAUUUAUUUUAAGCUUAAGCUGUGAUUCUCUCUUACAUUCUGCUAGUCAGUUUUCUGUUAUCAUACAGAAUUACUGUACCACCUCAACGUUUGGACAUUACUAUUAUUCAUGUUUUUAAAAGAAGUCUCGUAUGCUCAUCAAGCCUGCAUUCAUUUGAUCAAAAAUCCUUCAGAAAUCAUUUCUAUUAGGACUUUUGAUCAAAUAAAUUCAGGCUUGAUGAGCGUAUCAAGCGUUGAUUAAGUAUUAGGAUUUUUCAAAAUCUGCAUCACCUUGCAUGCAUGUCUGCUUAUGACCAAACAAAAUGUUUAUUUAUGUUUGUCAUUUAUGUUUGUAUAUGAUAUAGUUUAUAUACAUUUCCAAAUAAUUCCUGUUAAUUUCCAUUAAGUUUCCCGUAUUAAGUUCCCAUGGAAACUGUCCGCCCCUUUGCAACCCUAUGUAAGACUAGCUAGCACAUGCCUAAAACAACUCUUAAAGUUGCAUUGAAAUUAAAAUGAAAAACGAUAUGAAAAAUUAUUGGAAUAUUUUGGUAUCUGUGAGCUUCCUUAUUUUUUUUUUAAUUCACAUGUUCUCA